CUUCUGUUAUUUUAUUUUUCACUCUCUCCCCUCUUUCUCUCUCUCUCGUAAUCGAAACUCAUGAAUGAAUCAGAAUAAACAAAAGCGAUUCAAGUCCGACUGAGUCGGUGCUGAGAACCUCAUCUGAGCUCUUUUGGGAGACCCGUAAUACGGCGAAUAUCCGGCCACAUUCCCACCGGAAUGUAAGAUUCCGGCGACACUGCAGCUUCAGACAAGGUCGCAACCUCCUUCCUCUCAAGCUCUGUACUUCGAUUCUAAGCUCUCGCUCUCCGUGAAAUCUCUGGCUUGCCAUGUCAGCAGUUUGCAUUUUUCUGACUCUACGGCUGUGUUAGUGUACGCCGUUACUUUUCGGUAUCGCCUUUUUGAUCUCUGAUUCGUUCGCGCGUUUCGAAGGUGUUGAAAUGAAUGGGAUUCAGAAUGGCAAAACCAGGAAUCUCGAGAAACCCUUUCCUGGAUGUUUGGGAAGAAUGGUGAACCUUUUUGAUUUUGGUGCUGGGGUGGCAGGAAAUAGGCUGCUCACAGAUAAACCACAUCGUGAUUGUGAUGGUGUCCCACUUUCAAGAAGCCAAUCAUAUGUGGAAAGGAUGAGUUCAGUUGGUGGUCAGAUAGAGGAUAAAGUGAUAGUGUCUGAGCUAAGGAGAACUUCAAAUAGAAAAUCAAAUGGAACACCCAUAAAGAUGCUAAUUGCCCAAGAAAUGUCAAAAGAAAUGGAGACCAAGCAUAAUCCACCCAGUGUAGUUGCCAAGUUGAUGGGGCUUGACGCCCUCCCCCAACAACCUAAUUCACCUUUGCUAAGAAGUAAUUCAAGAGGAUAUUCACGAAGUAAUUCGGGCGCACCCGUGGGUUAUUGGCAGCAAGAUCAUGAGUUCUUGGACACAGAAAUGCGUGACGAUAACUGGUGUUCAGAGAAGAAUGAAUAUAAGGAUGUUUAUGAAGUAUGGCAGCAAUCACAGAAAGCAAAUUAUGUACGAGAGAAAUCACCACAGAAGGGAAGGAAUAAUGAAACUACAAAUAAGAAAAAGAUGGCUCUCGUUCGCCAGAAGUUCAUUGAAGCAAAACGUCUGGCCACAGAUGAAAAACUUAGGCAGUCCAAGCAAUUUCAAGAUGCUGUGGAAGUCUUAAGUUCCAACGAAGAUUUAUUCCUCAAGUUUCUGCAAGAACCAAAUUCCCUGUUUUCUCAACAUCUUUAUGAUUUGCAGUCUAUUCAUCCACCUCCUGAGACAAAGCGCAUCACUGUUCUUAAACCUUCUAAGAUGCUGGAUAUUAACAAAUUUACUGGAUCAGGGAAGAGCAAUGAAGAACAGAUAAAGAAAGUAUCCCACGCGGGUGAUGUUAUUGGAUGGGAUGAAAGCAAUCCUGGACUUUCUCCUGCUAAUGGGAGGAUUGAUGAUAAUCCUACUCAACCAACUCGAAUAGUUGUACUGAAACCUAGCCCUGGGAAGCCUCAUGAUAUUAAGGCUGUACUUUCUCCACCAUCCUCAUCACCGAGAAUACUAAAUGCUGAAGAAUUUUAUGGGAAACCAGAAGAUGAAGAAGCACGAGAAUCUAGAGAAAUGGCAAAGGAGAUCACACGGCAUAUGCGUGAAAACUUGAGUGGGCUCCGGAGGGAUGAAACCUUGCUUUCUUCGGUAUUCUCCAAUGGCUAUAUUGGUGAUGAAAGUUCAUUUGAUAAAUCAGAAAAUGAAUAUGCAGUGGGGAAUCUUAGUGAUUCGGAAGUCAUGUCACCAACUUCUAGGCAUUCAUGGGAUUACAUCAAUAGGUGUGGUAGCCCAUAUUCUUCAUGCUCCUUUAGCCGUGCAUCGUUUUCUCCCGAGUCAUCAGUUUGCAGAGAGGCAAAGAAGCGACUAUCUGAAAGAUGGGCCAUGAUGGCAUCUAAUGGGAAUUGUCAAGAACAAAGACAUGUCCGUAGAAGCUCUAGUACUUUGGGCGAGAUGCUUGCCCUUUCUGAUGCAAAAAAGUUGGUGAGAUCUGAGGAAGAGGAUAGUAAUAACGAACAAGAACCAAGGGGAUCAACUUCGUGCUCGACUACUCCUUUGAAUAAGGAUGAAAGAGUGGAUAUUUCUCCUAGGAAUCUUUUGAGGUCGAAAUCUGUUCCCGUAUCUUCCACAGUAUAUGAGACCAGGGUCAAUGUUGAAGUUUCAGAUUUGGUAGUUGAUAGAACAGAUGAUGCCAAGGAAGUGAGGAAGGAUAGGAGUGUGAAAUCAUCAUUCAAAGGGAAAGUUUCUAGUUUAUUUUUCUCAAGGAUUAAAAAGUCUAGUAAAGAAAAAUCUAGUGCGUUUCAAUUCAGAGAUGAAUCUAAAAAAUCUACUGGAAUGCCUGUACAUUCUGCUGGAAAACUUUGCAGUGACAUAUCCCAAUUUGUUAAUGAUAGUGGGCUUGAAGGGGGUUUCUCGCCUGGUUUACAGGGAUCGUUAAGCAAAAUGUCAUCUGAUUUAAUUGGCAUGGGAUCGAAACAGGGCAUAAUUUCUAAUGAGGCAGGAUUGCUUGUAACAAAGCCCGUUGCUGAGAACCAGGACCAGCCAAGUCCAAACUCAGUCUUGGAGCCUCCAUCCGAAGAGGAUGACAAUACAACACUGGCGUCCUCAUGCAAUAUUAAGUCUGACCAACAGGGAGCUAAGCUGCUUGGUAACCCUGCCAAAUCCAACCUAAUCGAUAAAUCACCACCCAUAGAAUCAAUUGCUCGGACUCUAUCGUGGGAUAAUUCCUGUGUGGAUACAACCACUUCAUACCCGUUGAAAUCCUCCCUGGCCUCCCAAGGAGUCGAGGAAGACGAACAGGAGUUGCUCUUCUUUGUACAAACAUUAUUAUCAGCAGCUGGCCUUGAUGGUGAUGUGCAAAAUGAGUCGUCAUUUUUUAGAUGGCAUUCCCCGGAAAGCCCACUGGACCUAUUAUUGAGAGACAAAUAUGUUGAUCUGCAUGAAAUAGAGACAAUGCACGAGGCCAAGCGAAGGCAAUGGAGAUCAACAAGGAAUCUUGUAUUCGACUGUGUCAAUGAAGCACUUGCGGACAUCACAGGGUAUGGGUCAGAAACAAGCCUAAGAGCUGCUAUGCCAUAUGGUAGGGUCCACAACAGGCAAUCAGACGAUGCAUCACCACCCACAAUGGUGGACCUGGUGUGGGCCCAGUUGAAAACUUGGUUUUCCAGGGAGGCUAGUUGUGUUUCCGGUGAUUAUGGGGACAGCAACAGCCUGGUGGCGGAGAUGUUGGUGAGUAAGGAGGUAAUGGGGAAGGGUUGGGCUGAGCAUAUGAGAUUGGAAAUGGGUAAUGUAGAGAAUGAAAUAGGAGGGAAGCUGCUGGAAGAGCUUGUCCAUGAGGCUGUGAUCGAAUUUACAGGUCGGUUAUGACAAGGCCUUUAUAUAUAUCAUUUUUUUUUUUUGGUUAAUUUAAGUCGAUGAUUUUUGUUUUACUAUGAUCUUAAACGGCGAUGGUCCCCUCGUCCACUGAUAAUUGUUUAGUGCCUAAAAUUGUUGCGAAUGUGUAUUUGUUUUAUAUCCGGAUUUCUUAAUAUAUCUAGAUCUAUCAUUUCUUUA